UUUAUACGCCGUUCGUGUUUGUAUUUCAGCUGUUGAGUCGUACACUUGUGCGGCUCGUGCUCGUGAAUUGAAAUACGAGCAAUUUUUAAUAAUUUUUAUUGACGAAACAACGUUUUAAUUAUAAAAUGACAGGAUUUACAGAAAGUGCACUGGUGAAAAGACUAAUGGACUUAAAUCCUUCUCAACAGAGUAUUCAAACACUUUCUCUUUGGUUAAUUCAUCACAGAAAACACCAUCCGACCAUCGUGAAAGUCUGGUUUAAAGAGAUGUGUAAAGUGAAGGAUAAUCGUAAACUUAUGUUUAUGUAUCUGGCAAAUGAUGUUAUUCAAAAUAGUAAAAAAAAAGGACCAGAAUUUGGAAAAGAAUUUGAAACAGUUUUACCAAAAGCUUUUGAACAUAUGAAAGGAUUUGAUGAAAAAACAAGAGAAAGAUUAAAUAGGCUGCUUCAAAUUUGGGAGGAAAGGGGAGUUUAUGAUAAGACACAAAUUGCAGAGUUUAAAGCUGCUUUUACAGAUACAUCAAGAGAUCCAGGAACACCACCUCCAAAAAAAAAACUUAAGAAUGAUAUAGAAAAAGUAAAGAAAGAUAAAAAGGAGAGAAAAAAAUCAGAGACUGAAGUUGAAGUGGAUGGAACCAAAGAGCUACAUGUAACAUUAAGUCCUCGUACUCCUGCAGGAGACCCACCAGAAACAGAGGAACUCAUCAAAGCUUUAAUGGAUUUGGAAAACACAGCAUCUUCAGAUGCUGGUGUUAGAGAACGUAUUGCAUCUUUACCACCAGAAGUAUCUGAAGUUUCACUUCUUGCAAAUUUAGCAGAUAGAGCAGCUGCUGAUCAAUUAAGUGUUGCAGUAAAUGAAGCUGCUGCAUUAUUAGCAGAUUAUAAUGGAAGAUUACAAGCAGAAAUGGAAGACAGAAGAAGAUUAUUAACUAUGCUUAGAGAUUAUACUUUGGCACAAAGACAAUUACUCCAACAAGCUCAAGCAACAUUGGAAGAUUAUAAAGAAAAACUUAAAAAAGUAUGUGCAGUACGAUCUGAAGUUAAAUCACAUAUUUCCAAUUUACCUGAUUUGACUCAAUUACCUGAUGUUACGGGUGGAUUAGCACCUCUCCCUUCAGCUGGUGAUUUAUUUUCUAUGCACUAGCACGUGAGUUUAGAGAGCAUGAUCAUUGAAUUAUUUUUGAGUUCCAUGCAUAAAUGAAUUCAACCAUGCUAUGUUAGCUUGGUUUUUGUGAUGAAAUAUAUCUUAUACUAUAACUUUCUAUUUUUCAAUAUUUAAUAUAUUAAAUAUUGAUCCUCGCAUGUACAAGGUAUGAAAAAGUACUGAAACAAAUACCAUAAAUAAAUAAUUUUACAAAAUACUUUAGCAAUGUGAAUAAGCAAAUGAACCAAGUAAUUAUAUACACUUCAGAAUUUAUAAAACUAUUGUAAUUUUCAAUUUUAUAUAUCAAUUAAAAAUUGCCUAUUUGUGUUCUUUUGUUUUAUAAAUAUAAAGCAGUCAUAAUUAAUUUUUACUAUUUAAAAGAUAUAAUAAACAAAUUUUUAAUUAAAAAAUAAUAAUGUUCCUAUUUUGCUAAUAAUGAAAUGCAUAAGGAACUCAAAAUAUUGAACAAAUUUCACACAAUCUCAUUUUUCAUUUAUAAUUUAAUCUAAUAAUUUUUAAAUAUUUCACUCGUAAAUUGGGUAUAUUAUAAAUUAUAAGAUAUGUAAGAAGUUCGAAAAAAUAUGUCAUUUCUUCAAAUUUAAAAUUAUAUAAACUGACAAUUUUAUUUUUAAUAAAAUUAAUUCAAAUUAUUAUAAAGACUUCCAUUAAAAAUAAAAAAAAAAUACAUGUAUGAAAUAAUUAAAUAUAUUACAUGUUACAAAUGUGCACUUAGAAACAUACAGAUACUGAAAAUUUUUAGUUAAACAUUAUAAUAAACAUUGCUUAAAAGCAAUGUUUAGAAUGUUACACAUAUAAUAUUUGAUAAUUAUCCCUUGUAUAUAUAUAUAUCGUAGGUAAUGUAAUACUGGGACUGAGAAAUGCGUCUUAACAUAUAACGCUAUAGUUGAUUUUGAAUGAAUACUGGUCUGCGUAAAUAAAUAAUAUUGUAUAUGAAAUAUUGUACGAAAUAAAUCGCGUGAUUGUGCAUUGCGAAAAUUGUAAUAAUAUGCAAAAUAUUAAUACGAAUAGAUGUUUUGUUCGUUAUAA